UACUCACAUUUCUGGACUCUCUCAAACAAAAUUCUCUAAAACCCUUUAACAAUAUGGAAGGGGUUACAGUGAAACAAGAGGAGGAUAUUGUCACAAUAGUUGGUGAUGGUAGUAGCAGUAUAUGUUCAUUGAAUUCAGCUUCACCACCACCAACAGCAUCUUCUUCUUCUAUGGUGGUACUGCCAAUGGAAGGAUUACAUGAAAUUGGUCCACCGCCAUUUUUGACAAAAACUUAUGAUAUGGUUGAAGAUCCAGAUACUAAUUCAAUUGUUUCAUGGAGUAAAGCUCGUAAUAGUUUUGUUGUUUGGGAUUCUCAUGAUUUCUCAACUACUCUUCUUCCCAAGUACUUCAAACACAGUAAUUUCUCUAGUUUCAUUCGCCAACUCAACACUUAUGGUUUUCGAAAGGUUGAUUCAGAGAAGUGGGAAUUUGCAAAUGAAUGGUUUCUAGGAGGGCAGAAGCACCUACUGAAGAAUAUUAAGAGGAGGAGACAUAUUUCGAAGAACACGCAACAAGGAGGUGGUGGUGGUACUGAUGGUUGUGUUGAGUAUGCAGGAGGACUUGGCUUAGAGAGUGAAGUGGAUACAUUACGCAAAGAAAGAAGCUAUCUAAUGGUUGAAAUUCUGAAUCUUAGAGAAAAGCAAAAGCGUUCGCUGGACGAAUUAGUGUCUAUUCAAGAAAGGUUGCAGGGGACAGAAAGAAAGCAGCAACUGACAAUGUCGUUUUUGGCCAAAGCUUUUAAGAAUCCUGCUUUUGUCCAACAAUUGAUUGAAAUGAGUGAGAAGAAGAAAGAAUUGACUGGUGGAGUUGCUAAGAAGAGAAGACUGCCACCCUCUGGAAGCAUCGAGAAUUUUCAGAAUGAACUAGUUUCGGCUGCGAUGGAUACUGUUGAGAACGGACCUAGUGUGGUUUUUCAAAAUCAGAAGAUGGAUUCAAGCACAUUGAAUGCAAACUCCGGUGACAUAGAUGAUAAGUAUUGGAAUGAAUUGCUGAUUGAUGAUUUCAUGGGUGCUAACAAAGCUGAACAUGUUGUUGGUGGACAUUCUCCUUUGGAAAUAGAUGCUGAGGUUGAAGAUUUUUGGUGUAAAGGUGUGCAUGGCUUAGUGGAGGAAAUGGCCUAUCUUGGUUCGACGGCAUGAAGAAAACGGAUGAGCGCCAACGGGAUUUUGUGAAUCUACUUGAAUCUCAGCGUGGGUACUUCAUGAACUUGAACAUGAACUUGAACUUUUUGGAACAUAAGAAACUGAUUGUUGGGGAGAAAAUACUCGUAUUUGUAUAUAAACUGGUUAAGUAUAGGGCUCGUGGCAUAUAUAGAGCAACGGAGGGGGUUGUUGGUUGCUAGUGAACAAGUA